UAUAAAUCACCCCAGUUUAGUUAUACGGUACCAAAUCAGCCUAAAGCUAGGAAAAUGCAUAGGAACCUUUGUGGGGCUUUGCCGUGUUCCUAUGGGAAUAUUUCGAAGUAGGACAGCGGUCCACUCGGAAAGAAAACGUGUGGAUGUGUUGUAACAUUUACUGGAGUUUAGGACAUUCAGCAGACAUUUAUUCCAGAUAAAAAACAAGAGCGGAAGCCAUGAAGAAGAAAGCCCACAACAGAGAGGUGUCGCCAGGACAACAGUCAGCUGACUACACAGUGGGUCAGGUGUCAGGAAGCUUAUUCCAGAAGAACUCUGCGGCCUCUGGAUCCCUGUCGGCUUUAUUCAGCACAGCAGCAGCAUCCGCAGCGCUGCUGUUCAAGCCUGCGCCUCUGCCGGUUCAAAAAAGCACAGAAACCAAAGAGCAGAAGCAGAAAAGCCCACAGGUCAAAGGUCAGCCACGCCAGGAGAAGAAGAAGCAGCAGCCAGCUAAGGAGAAAUCAGCAGCCAAUCAGGAGCUGGAAAAAAGAGAGAGUGGUUUACAAAAGGCAGACGAGGAUGAGGACGGGCCAGAAAAACCCAACAGGAAGAGGAAGAGACAAACUUCCGAGUCGGGCAGAGAGAACGACACAGAGUACUGGGUGAUGAAGAGACAGAGGCUGAAGGCCAGCAAGGCGCAGGAGACCUUGAAAAAGAAAAGGACGGUGUUUGUCGGCAACCUUCCCAUCAGCUGCACCAAGAAGACCCUGCGGAGCCUCUUCAGGGAUAAAGGAUCCAUCGAAUCUAUUCGCUUUCGCUCUGUGGUCAGAGAGGACUCCUCCGUGUCUCGUAAAGUAGCUGCUAUCAAGCGCAAAGUUCACCCAAAGAAGCAGAGCAUCAAUGCCUAUGUAGUGUUUAAAGAUGAAGAUGGUGUCAGCAAAGCUUUGGAGAGGAAUGGCAUGGAGAUAGAGAAAGACUUUCAUAUCCGAGUGGACAGAGUGACCGACAGCUCAUCUCACGACCACAAGCGUUCUGUUUUCGUGGGGAAUCUCUCAUUUGACAUCAACGAGCUGACUUUUCGAAGGCAUUUCGAAGAGUGCGGGACAGUGGAGGCGGUGCGACUGGUGCGAGACAAGAACUCCGGCUUGGGGAAAGGAUUUGGUUACGUCCUGUUUGAGAGUACCGAUUCUGUGCAGCUGGCGUUGAAACUGGACGGCUCAAAGCUGGAGGGCAGAGCCAUCCGGGUGAAGAGGUCACUGAAGAAGGAGAAGCAGAAGAGUAACAGUGACGGCAAAGCAACAACAAGGAAGACCGGCAAGACUCUGAAGACAGGUUCUGGACGGGAGAGGGCAGCUGGUCGAGGAGCUUUCAAGUCCCCAAGGAAGGUGAUAGGAAACCAGCAUAAGCUGAGCAGAAGCUCCGCUUCGUUCAAAGGAGAGAUGGCAGAUCCAGACAAAAAGACUAAAAAGAAAGCACUGAAGAAAAAGAGAGUGAAGCCAGAAAAGUCUGUUCAUAUUUAAACUGUGAGGACAGAAAAGCACGUGAUCGCUGUGAUCACAGAGUCGUUUGGAAGAGCAGCAGGUUCAGAGCCCGACUCUAACACAGCUGACAUCCAGGCAGCUAAACGUGUAUUCAGUCACAUCGUGUCCAAGAGAACUUCCUCUCAGCAUCAAGUCACAGGUCCUUCCCACAGGGCUGCGUUGGACUUGAUCUGUUACUGUUUCACUUAUUUGGUUAAAAUACGUCAUUUCUUUUA